CACCUGUCAGGAAUACACAGCAGUUAUUUUAUUUCGAUUCACAGAAAACCUGCACCUUUUUUCACCUUAUUUGUAUUAAUAACCUGAAAUCCACGAGGAUUCGGAGGCAUGCCUUUAGGAAACAUCCUCGGGGAUUAAAGUUAAACAUGUCAGUAGACACUAACUACGAAACCUCAGCAGGGAUAGUCUAUGCCGCAAACACCAACCUCAGUUGCAUUUUCAACACGACCAACAGCUCAGACAGUGACUUCUUCCACCUGUCAGACUUCAACAAGACAGAUUUGGUGGGAGAUGGCGCGGCUGUUGUGAGGAUUAUAAUCUCUGUCAUUUACUCGCUGGUGUGCGCGCUGGGUUUGGUUGGAAACGUACUGGUUCUGUACCUGAUGAAGUCUAAACAUGUGUGGAAAAAAUCCUCCAUCAACCUUUUCGUAACUUGUUUGGCGCUGACGGACUUCCAGUUCGUGCUGACUCUGCCGUUCUGGGCGGUGGAAAACGUGCUGGACUUUACGUGGAUUUUCGGCAAGGCGAUGUGCAAGAUAGUCUCCUAUGUGACGGCUAUGAACAUGUACGCCAGCGUGUUUUUCCUCACCGCUAUGAGCGUGACGAGGUACUGGUCGCUCGCCUCUGCGCUCAAGGGCAGGCGGCGGCGGCCACACUGCUUCCCUGCGCGGUGCAUCACUGUUUUCAUCUGGAUCGCCGCUGUCUCCGCCGCGCUCCCGCACGCGGUUUUCUCCACGACCGUGAGCGUUUCCAGUGAGGACUUGUGCCUUGUCAAAUUCCCGGAAACCAACGGAAACGCGCAGUUUUGGCUGGGACUGUAUCACUCUCAGAAAGUGCUGCUGGGUUUCGUGUUGCCGCUGGGCAUCAUCUCAGCCUGCUACCUGCUCCUUUUACGCUCCAUCACCUCCAAAAACAUCAACAGCUCGAGCGCCAAGCGACGCGCGAAGGUCACCAAGUCUGUAACCAUAGUGGUCUUAUCCUUUUUCCUCUGCUGGCUGCCCAACCAGGCGCUGACAGCCUGGGGCAUCCUCAUUAAACUCAACGUGGUUCACUUCAGUUAUGAAUACUACACCACGCAGGUGUACGUGUUCCCCGUGUCCGUGUGCCUGGCGCACUCCAACAGCUGCCUGAACCCGAUUCUGUACUGCCUGAUGAGGCGGGAGUUCAGAAAAGCGCUGAAAAAACUUUUCUGGCAGAUGACUUCGCCGACAAUAAAGCCGAUCACGGCCACAACAAAGCCAGCGAUGGACGAUCAAGAGCCAGUCAUGGUCCCCGUCAGCGCGCCCGAGGAGCCCGCUGUUGUGUUCUAUCCUCCGGGGGCUGUUAUGUACAAUGACCGGCGAGAUCUGCCUCAAAACAGCACGUAGGCCUGUAACUUAAAGUGCCACAUGGACAAUUAUUUUUUUCGUCUUUGAUUGUUAUUUAUAUGUUUAUUGCUGCUCCAGGAAAGCCGGAGUUCAAGUUGGAUCUGCGUCUAAAAAAGGCGAGAAAAGAUCAGCAAAUGUCAUAUAUGACCACAUCUCAGUUGUUCACAUGCAUUUUUUUCUGUUAUUCACAAUCAUUUAUUUUGUGCUAAGA